CCCCCCCCCUCCCCGUCCCACCCCCUCCCCCCGGGUGCUGGCUCCAUGUCUGUGUGACCGGCCCCAGGGGUAGAGUCCAGGCCCGACGCGGAGCGGGCCGGCGGCGGCGGCGGCGGCGGCGGCGGCUGAGGUGAGAGACGGCGGCGGAGGCGGCGCGGGCACCCGGCCCCCCAGCGGGAGGAUGAAGCGGCGGAACGCCGACUGCAGUAAGCUCCGCCGCCCCCUAAAGCGGAAUCGGAUCACCGAGGGCAUCUACGGCAGUACAUUUUUAUACCUGAAAUUCCUGGUAGUGUGGGCACUGGUCCUCCUGGCCGAUUUUGUCCUGGAGUUCAGAUUUGAAUACCUGUGGCCAUUUUGGCUUUUCAUCAGGAGCGUCUAUGAUUCCUUCAGAUACCAGGGGCUGGCCUUCUCAGUAUUUUUUGUUUGUGUAGCAUUCACGUCAAAUAUAAUAUGUCUGCUGUUCAUCCCCAUACAAUGGCUUUUUUUUGCUGCUAGCACCUAUGUGUGGGUUCAGUACGUAUGGCACACAGAAAGGGGAGUGUGUUUGCCCACGGUGUCCCUCUGGAUACUCUUUGUUUAUAUUGAAGCAGCGAUUAGAUUUAAAGAUCUCAAAAAUUUUCAUGUAGACCUUUGUCGUCCCUUUGCUGCUCACUGCAUUGGGUACCCCGUGGUGACUUUGGGCUUUGGCUUCAAAAGUUACGUAAGCUACAAAAUGCGGUUAAGGAAGCAAAAGGAAGUGCAGAAAGAGAACGAAUUUUACAUGCAGCUUCUUCAACAAGCCCUCCCCCCGGAGCAACAGAUGCUCCAGAAGCAAGAAAAAGAAGCCGAGGAAGCAGCCAAAGGAUUGCCUGAUAUGGAUUCCUCGAUCCUUAUACACCACAACGGAGGUAUUCCAGCCAACAAAAAACUCUCCACCACUUUGCCAGAGAUAGAAUACCGAGAAAAAGGGAAAGAAAAGGACAAGGAUGCCAAAAAACACAACCUUGGAAUAAAUAACAACAAUAUUCUACAACCUGUAGACUCGAAAAUACAAGAAAUUGAGUAUAUGGAAAACCAUAUCAAUAGUAAAAGAUUAAAUAAUGAUCUUGUGGGAAGUACAGAAAAUCUCUUGAAAGAGGACUCAUGCACUGCUUCCUCAAAAAAUUACAAAAAUGCCAGCGGAGUUGUGAACUCCUCACCUCGCAGUCAUAGCGCCACAAAUGGGAGCAUUCCUUCCUCAUCUAGUAAAAACGAGAAGAAGCAAAAAUGCACUAGCAAGAGCCCAAGUGCUCACAAGGACCUAAUGGAAAACUGUAUUCCUAAUAACCAGCUAAGCAAGCCAGACGCACUGGUGAGGCUGGAACAAGAUAUUAAAAAGUUAAAGGCUGAUCUGCAGGCCAGCAGACAAGUGGAACAGGAGCUCCGCAGCCAGAUCAGCUCCCUCUCCAGCACCGAGCGAGGGAUCCGCUCAGAGAUGGGCCAGCUCCGGCAGGAGAACGAGCUGCUGCAGAACAAAUUACAUAAUGCUGUGCAAAUGAAGCAAAAAGACAAGCAGAAUAUCAGCCAGCUGGAGAAAAAGCUGAAAGCUGAGCAGGAAGCCCGAAGUUUUGUAGAAAAGCAGUUAAUGGAGGAGAAAAAAAGGAAGAAGUUAGAAGAAGCCACUGCUGCCCGGGCCGUUGCAUUUGCUGCUGCGUCGAGGGGGGAGUGCACCGAAACCUUACGGAAUCGGAUCAGAGAAUUAGAAGCAGAGGGCAAGAAGCUCACGAUGGACAUGAAGGUGAAAGAAGAGCAGAUCAGAGAACUAGAACUGAAAGUUCAGGAGCUUCGGAAGUAUAAGGAAAAUGAGAAGGACACUGAGGUGUUAAUGUCAGCGCUCUCGGCCAUGCAAGACAAAACACAGCACCUGGAGAACAGUCUGAGCGCAGAGACGAGAAUCAAGCUGGACCUGUUCUCUGCACUGGGGGACGCAAAGCGACAGCUCGAGAUCGCCCAAGGACAAAUUCUUCAGAAAGACCAGGAAAUCAAGGACCUUAAACAGAAGAUAGCCGAAGUCAUGGCCGUCAUGCCCAGCAUAACGUACAGCGCCACGACCAGCCCCCUGAGCCCCGUUUCCCCCCACUACUCUUCCAAAUUUGUGGAGACCAGCCCCUCUGGACUUGAUCCCAAUGCCUCUGUUUACCAGCCCCUGAAGAAAUGAAGGCCAGCUGUGGCUUUUGCCCAGCCAUUUGGUUACCAGAAGGCAUCACAAAGGAGCGUCUCUGGCAGUCAAGAUAAAAAAAAAAAAAAAAAAGUUUAUAUUGUAUUUUGUGGGACUGUAUAUGUUGUCGUUUUUAAAAAGGGGGGAAAGAUAACAUCCAAGUCUGAUUAGAACUGCCCAUCAGUUUUUCUUGUAAAUUUUUAGAAGACCUCACAGAACUUUGCAGUUUAUUUUUCUCGGCCAACACAUUAAAACCAUUCUUGGAUUUCAA